AUUUAAAGCAAGGCUUCUUGAUUGUUUUUUGUAUUUGUUUGUAUUUGUGCUUGUUCACAAGCUGAUACUGGAAAAUUUUAACAGCUAUUUGUAACCAUAAUACUGUUUUCUGCUAGGACUGUGUAACUCUUGCUGGGACCUAGACAUAAGGUCAAAAAGUUUUGUUUGGCUUAAAACUUUAUCUUGUUUUAAGAAAAAUCUUUUAGUUUGGGUUUUUUAAAAGUGUAUAUGUAACACUGAGUCCCAGAUUUGGAAAGAAGGGUUGUAGAAGGUUGAUUGUUUCUAAUUGUGUUGUUCCUUCUCACUUUUACCUCUUCUACAAUUAUUAGCACUAUAAGACAAGUGGAAGAGCCUGGCUGGGCUGUAAUGUAUGUGCAAGAUGCUGUUUGCACCAAAUUUGACUUUGAAUUGUUAAUUCACCUACAGUUGUACAAGAGGCUGUUUGUUUCAUUCUUGGGUAUCAUAAAGCUUGUUCUGAGUCAGCUUUCAAAAAUGUUCUGCUAGAAUGACCUCAGCUUUGUGUGCUCAGUGUGCUGUUUUGAGUUUAUUUUCAUGUAUUAUGGUGCUGCUGGGCAACUAAUGUUUUUAACAAGGAUUUGGCCCUUAUUUUCAUGUGUCUUUUUUCUGCUUGUAGCAGUACAUGGUAACUCUAUCACCUUCUGGCCGUCCCAAUGAUGAAAUCAGAAGCUAAGGAUGGAGAAGAGGAAAGCCUGCAGACAGCAUUCAAAAAACUGAGAGUUGACACAGCUGGAUGUACCACUUCUCUCUCUGUGGGUGAUGGGACAAGUCCCAGAGCAGUAGUUAGAACAGUGGCAGAUGAAUCCAAGCCUAAGAAUGUGUGUGCUUCUAAGGAAACCUGGCAUGGCUCUGUGAAGAAGCCCUCGAGAGGAGUUGUGAGAACCCAGCGUCGCAGGCGUUCCAAGUCUCCAAUUCUUCAUCCUCCCAAGUUUAUCCACUGCAGCACAAAAUCACAUUCCACAUGCAGCCAGCUGGUGCAGAAGAGCCAUGCUGAUGCCCAGGAGGACAGCAGUGGGUUUGGGAUGCCAGUCUCAAAGGAAGUUUGUGCACAUGAACGCUGCAGCGUCGCUCCGGACAUUGGCCAGAAGGGAGCUGAUGAGUCUUUGGGAGUUUCUGUUGCACGGUUGACCUCGGAGAACACACAGGAGAACUCUCCAGCUGCAGCUUCUCCAGUAUCCAAACCAAGCCUAAAGACUACAGAGCUUUCUGACUUCCAGUCUAUGUCCAAGCUGAACACGGGUGGGUCAUGUGCAUGUGCAGAUAAAACCUGUCAGUGCAGACUGUGGCAAGAUAUGGAAGUGUACAAAUUCUCUGGCUUGCAGAGCACCCUCCCACUGGCACCUGAUAGAACGGUUUGUGAGGAUCAGUCCCAGCCUUUGCCAUCAAGAACUCCCUCAAGUUCUCCACGCUCUUGCUCUGAACAAGCCAGGGCCUUUGUGGAUGAUGUGACAAUUGAAGAUCUUUCAGGAUACAUGGAAUAUUACUUGUAUAUUCCAAAGAAAAUGUCUCACAUGGCAGAAAUGAUGUAUACCUGACAGCAACGAGCACUAAAACCAGAAGGGUGGCUGGUUUAAAUCUGCCCUCAGGCACAUCAUGUGAAUAUGCAACCCACUCCCUGCUCACUGUGCUUGCAAUAAAAACACUUCUUUGCAUCUCA